GACACUUGUAACUAAGCGAUCGAUGUCCGACUGCACUGCACGAUUGUAUACCAAGCAUCAGAGAUAGACGGCUUACCCUUAUUAUUAACAAAUGCACGCACAUUUUAACAUAUAUUAAUGUAUUAUAUGUAUUUUUAUUGAUAUGAAGUGAAUUGAAUAUAAUUGAAAUAGAAUGAAAAAAAAAACUAAAUCGAAUCGACAGUGUCCACGAGGAUCGAACACCAGAGGAAAGGCGUAACCGCGGUGGCCACAGCGAGGUGGCGGGUCUGGAGGAAGACAACGGCAAAGACACAACGGUGACGGUGACAGGAUUACCGGGAAGUGGUGGUGGCGGUGGUCCCGGUGGCAGGCCUAAUCGUCGCACCAGGCCACUGUCGUUAGCGGUCCAGCCGUUGCAUUAUCAACGACUUGACACCGCGGACAGCAUCAAUACCAGUGGCGGUCCUGAAAGUGCUGGAGUUAUUGCUGAAACGGGUGCAAUUAAGCAUCCCAAUAUGACCAGUCAAGAGAGCAUUGGUAGCUGCAGCCUCGACGUCGAUCGCUCGGCAUCCGACCGAUCAGGUUGGAUUUAUAAGCCAACAGUCGAUUCUGUGUCGGAAAGAACGCUACACAGCUUAAAUCUGUCAAGUAACGGGGAUACAACGUCUGCUGGUGGUAAUAGCAGUGAAAUUAUUCAAAAGCACAACCAACAAACGCUGGAUAAGCAACCAGAACAAAUAAUUGUUGAUAAUUGUGAUAGUAUUAUUAAUGGUGAGAAUGAACCAACAGCUGAGCAGCUGACGACUAAGAAGCCGAGCUACUUAGGCCUGGCUUGCAGUAUCAGUGGUUACUCAGGUAUUACGAGGUACGAUAGUAAACUCAGGGAAGGAUUUAGAUCAAGAGACAGCAGUCCUGGCUCAAGAUUAAUUACACGUGAAACUAGUCCUGCAGGUUUUAGAUCAAACGAAAAUUUAGGAGUACCACCGCUCAACUAUCCAACAAAAAGUCAAUCAAUAUCACCAUUAGCAAUGGAUCGUCAAAACGGAUUUACAAAUGGCAAAGAGUGCAAAAUAGAGACAUUUGUGGAGUCGCGAAGCACAUUAAAUGUCUUCCAAGGUUACUCGGAAGUAGACCGUGGGGUUUCUUUGCAUCCAAAUUUUCCGGAUGUUAGUCCAAUUCUCAGCGUCGGAAAUAAGAAAACAACAACAACAUUAACAACAACAACUGUUGUUAAUAAUAAAGCUAACAAAUCAUAUUCGCCAAACUCGUCAUACGCAUCAUCACCCCGUGGAAUGAAUAACACAAAUUUAUCGAAUAUAUCUUGCGCCGAAGACAGUUUUUUGAAUGGAUCCUCUAUAGAGAUAGAAAGUCAAACUCUAAAUUUGUCAUCGAGCAGCGAAAAGUCUUUUAUUCAGCAACGUGUUGAAAGACUUUAUGGUCCGGGUGCUCUGGCUCAGGGUUUUUUUAGACGUUCUAAUCAAUCUCAAAACAGCGACAAUAGUUUUAAUAACAAAUCAUCGCUCAAUAAUAGCAGUAACAUUAAUAAUAAUGAUUUGAGUUUGGAUAAUGCUAACAAUGAAGAGUCAUUAAAAAAUUUACCUGUUUUACGUCACUUGCGACCGGAGUUUCGAGCACAAUUACCAGUUGUGAGUCCCCGUAGACCCACUGAUGGAAAUCAACAGCCAGCGGCGCCGGAAGUUGUGUUACCUGUUCUUGAGACAAGCGUUAGUUCAACUAGUCUUGCUGAAUUGCCAAAAGCGACUCAGGAAGAUAAUGCCGUUGAAGUAAAAGACGGUCAUUAUUUUAUGAAAUUAUUGAAAGCUGAAAUCGAUAGACUGUUUAAAUUGGCUGCGUCUGCUGAAGCUGAACUAGCAAAUGUGGAAUCGUUGCCAGAAGAAGCCGCAGGUAAAUUAAGAUCUGCAGCAGGUAAAGCUCGUUUAUUAGCUACCCAAAAAAUGCAGCAGUUCGAGGGACUUUGUCAAAAAAAUAUUACUCAAAUACCUGGUGAAGUGUUCCCGACCACAAAUGAAGAUCUAGCAGGUUUUUGGGAUAUGGUGAUGCUUCAAGUUGUCCAAGUCAACGAUAUAUUUGAGCAUUUAGACAAACUACGAAACUCUCAGUGGCAAGAGGUAUGUUCACGUUCACCUGUAAAUGUUCCUGGUCUUAGUUCGAAGCCUAUCCAGUCAAAUCAUCCAAUUCAUGGUCCUAAGUUAUCUCCAAAUGUUGAGAAACCCUUCCAACAAAUUCCAAAAUCACCUCAAUCAGUCUCCAAACCAAAUCGACCGAUUUCGAAACCAAAAAGUGGUAUUCCACGAGCGAUAAAUACUAUCAAGCAUGGUAAAAUGAUUUUUAAGUCACCUAAAGUUGCUGUUGAAAAAACAGCAGUAGCACGCACACAACAAAACGGCAAUAAUGCGAAACGUCGUGUUAUAAAUCAAAAACCAAAAGCAACAGCAACGAGUGAGGCUAAUCGUAAAGCACGUGAAGCACGUGAACAAGCACGUCGUCAAAUGAUGGAAGACCGUAGAAAGUCUAUGAAAACUCAAAACCAACAAUCUGUUGAAAUUUUUGCACCUAAAACA